CAGAUCUCACUCCUGGAAUUCAAAUUUCAAACUCCUCUCUCUCUGGAGAGAGAGGGAGAGAGAGAGAGAGAGAGAGAGAGAGAGAGAGAGAGAGAGAAGUCAUCUAUGGCCCGAUCAGCGAAGGGGAGCGCACUGAAAUCGACAGCUGUGGUGGCCGGGGCCCUAGCCUUCGGAUGGCUAGCCAUAGAAAUUGCGUUCAAGCCCUGGCUCGAGCUCUCGAGUCGCCAUGACCAAAUCUGACCCCAAUCAAGAUCCCGAUGACCUCGUCGAAGAAAUCUGCGGCCUCAGCCUCCUUCUCCGCCGAGCUGUGAAGCCCCGAUAUAAAAACCCUAGGUGCCUUUUGCUUCCAUACAUCUUUAUGAUUAAUUGAUUACUACGGCCUACAGGGUUUUAUACUGAUAUGAGAGUUUUGGAAUCAGUUGCUUAAUAGAUUUUGCCUUCCGAUUUGGAGUUGAGACUGUGCUUAGUGAGGAUGUUAAGAACAUCAAUCAUAAAUCUAGAGGUAUAUAACGAAGUUAGAUUAAGUAUUUGUCAAGUAGUAGAAGAAUUCUAGAUUCUUCGAAUGUCUCUCAAUGUAUUGCUUCGAAUCUCUCUCUCUCUCUCUCUCUCUCUCUCUGAUGCAAUCUCAAGCCAACUAUAGUCGCAAGUGUGGGUAAAAUUGCUCGACCUCCAUCAUGGUGGACUGUGAUUUCGUCCCCCCAACCCCACACACACAGAGCUUCCUCCACACCGUUGCGCCGCACCGAAGCUGAGGGUGGCCGACGAGAUCUACAGGAAGUGGGGCCACUGGCUGGAGUUCUGGUUGCCGAUGAAGGCCAGGUCUUGGGUUCUGCAAGGGUAUCAGCCGCAUUCAACCCCACUGCGGUGAGGAAUUUGAGGGAAAGUAGGGCUAUUAUUGUUGGGAAGACUAAUUUGGAUGAGUUUGGGUUUGGGAUUGAGAGUACUACUGAAGGUUCUGCAUACAAGAAGAAGAUGAAGAGCAUGAGAUGGAGGCUCCCUGUGCCUGUAAUGGAACUCUAAAGAUGGAGGUUUUUUUUCUUCUUCUUUUUGCUAUUUGGUUAACAAAUUUGAUUCUGGGUCCUAAACCCUAAACGAGGACUUAUUUUAAUUUUUUUUUAUCAAAGAAUAUAUAGUUUAGAAUGCUAUCUGGUUAACAAAUUUGAUUUUGGGUCUGUAGAAUAAGUUGGAUUAAUGUAUUUAGUCUAUGGAGAUAUAUUUUUUCCGUAAGCACCCAUCCCCCUCCCCAAAUCCACUAGGAUAGAUUAGAUUAGGUUUAACGAAUGACAAAAAAAAAGUAUUUAGUCUAUGCAAUGGAGAUAUAUUUGUACAAGUGGUUUGACGUUUUCUUUUUUGAAAGAAUCCUUCGGAAAUAAGCAUAUUUGGUUUAGAUAAGCUUUGUGUGUUUUUGGUUUACUUACUAGAUAAAUUGCUGUGUACAGAUACUUCUUCAAAUGGGUUUAGAGAAUGGGGACUGAAUUUGAGCAUCAAUCAUUCUCUCAUGGGUUAGAGAUAUUCACCAAAAAUGAGUUUUCAAUGGAGCUUGAAUCUGUAAAUUUUGGGUGCAUUCAUUACCGGAGGAAAUGCAAAAUCAGGGCACCCAAUUGUGAUGAGAUUUUUGAUUGUAGGCAUUGCCAUAAUGAAGCAAAGGACACACUUGACAUAGUUUGCAUGGGGAAGUACUUUUGCCAGAAAUGCAAAUUCUUUGACGAUGAUCCGUUUGAUCAUAGAUAGAAGUUGAAGAGAGAAGCUUCCCCUGCACCCCAACCCCAAGGCCCAAAGUCAGAUCCCCUUUUUCUCUCCUGCGAUUUGUUCAACGUUCCCCUCUCUCUCUCUCUCUCUCUCUCUCUCUCUCUCUCUCUCUCU